GCAUUCAUCCCACAACACAACAUCAAUCUUCACAACAAAUCACAUUCUUCCAUAACGAGUCCUCAUUUGCCGAAAUCCAUCUACGAUACCACAGAGCCCCACAAGACUAAGUUCGAAUCACGGCACAACUCAACAAUUCAACUGCUCGAAAUACACAAGUGCAAUCUAAAACAGAAUCACCAAAAAUCAAAACGAAAAUCAUAUAAUAAAUCCACAUUUCAAACCAACGGAUGUAAAGAAAAACGAAAGUUACUAGCAGAGUCAAAAGUUCUCCAAAAUCCCACAACACACAGAGCCCCCCCCUCAAGCCAUUAUUUUAGCCGACCUUGCAUAAAGACUGUCCACGACCUUCUCCAUGUUCGCGAUCGUCUCCAAAGUCGCCGGAUAAAUCUCGUCCGUCUUCGGAUCAUCAAGUAUGAUCAAACACCCUGCCCCCUGCUCAAUCAGCUCAGCCACGUGUGCAAUCUCCACUCUCGAGAAGGGCUCGAUCAGCCUGCACAGGUUCUGCUCAAGAAGUGUAUCGUACAGCGACGAGAGGUGCCUGUGAACGAUCGGGUCCUCAUCCAGCUGGCACCUGAAAUCACGCAAGGCCGUUUCAAAGAGCUUCAGCGAACGCUUGGCGUGGGCCCCGGCCACAGCCUUCAUAGCGUCCAGCUCAGGCCCCUGAUACUGCAACCCCACCUUUGGUGA